AUGAAAGAGCUUGUAAUAAAUGAAUUCUUUCAUUUUUUAAAUUGUUGUUUUUUUAAUAAAGUGAACAAAGCCGCUUAUUUAUCAAUAUUUAAAGUAGUGAAAAGACAAAUAAUUAAGCAAAGAAAAGUUGUGUUUUCGUACUUCGGCGGUGUCUUUAUAGGCGAGACAUUUAAAGUUAUAUUGCAGUUAAUGUUUUCUUCUUGCACGACUUGUCGCUCCAGUCGUAUAAAAUCGCGCGUAUCCGUGGACAUGAUUUUCUUAAAUUACUCGACACAUCUGCAUUAUACAUCGUAUCAUGAGGAAUCCCAACUAUUUCUGAGGUGCAAUCAUCAUCAGCAUCGUUAUCACUUAUCGUGUAAGUUUCGCUGUUAA